AUGUCUGUGUCAAAGACUCAGCUUUUGAAAUUGGCCGAAAUUUCAGCGAAGAUUUUUGACCAGAAUUUCAAUCCUAGCUGUAAUAGGACCGGCAGUAAGAUUCUGUCCAAGAGACUCAAAGGUAGCUCGGUGGCAGGCUACUACGGGAACCCGGACUUUUUGAAAUUCAAGCAUCUUAAGACGUUGUACUCAGAGUUCAAUUUUGUGGACAAGGAUGAGGAGUAUAGGUUGAUGAUGAUCGAAGCCAAGAGAAGAAGAGGCAAAGGUGCGCCAGCAAAGAAGAAAGAGGCCAGUAAAGACAAGGGCAAGACCAAGAAGCGGAAAUAG